CACUAGUUUGAGCCUAAGAAACACGUUUGGCGUUUCUUCGUUAUAAAAAUCAUAAACGCGGAUUUAAACGUACUAAAAUCGAAUUGUGUUGCUGUCGGGAAGAGAUCAGAGCUCAGUUAAUGAAUCAAAUUGAAAUCAAGAUAGUGAGAGAGUUAGUUUGAUCCUUCGAUCUCAGCUUAUGCAGUCGCUACAACAACCCCUAGCGGCGAGCCACCAGUCGGAACCAGACGCGCCGCCGAAGCAGGUGGCUCAAGCCAUGGAACGUCUCAACCAAGCCGCUAGGGUUAUCGCCGACAUCCGCCUCGGCGCCGACCGUAUCCUCGAAGCCAUGUUCGUCGCCUCGAACCCUCGCCACAACGACGCGCCUCUCCAGCUCUUCCUCAAAGAAGACGCCUCCAUGCGUCAGCACCUUCAGGAUCUCCGUUCAAUUGGGAAGAAGCUGGAAGAGUCUGGGGUUCUCACUGAGUCUCUCAGGUCGAGAAGUAACUCGUGGGGUCUUCACAUGCCUCUCGUUUGUCCUGAUGGUGCUGUUGUUGCUUAUGCUUGGAAGAGACAGCUUGCUGGCCAAGCUGGUGCUUCUGCUGUUGAUAGAACCAGGUUAGCUCUCAAGGCCUUUACGGAUCAAAAAAGACGAUUCUUCCCUCACAUUGACGAUGGACCCAAGAUGGAACCAGGAUCUAAAAAACAACGUGCCUCCCAUUCACUAUUAGAACAUGGAGGAGAGGAGCCGGUUGAGUACAAGACAUUGCCAGAUAUACAAUCACGUCUAGAGAAGCUGGUUCCUAAUGUGAAGGUGUCUACUUAUGGACGGUUGAGCUGGCUCAAAAGAGCUAGUUCUUUACCUGGCUCCGGAAGUGAUGAUGAUCCAUCAGAAGAAUCAAAACCUAUUUUCCAGAGUUCUAGUAAGCUGAGAUCAGGGUUACAGGAUGAAGUUGUGGACAAGGUUGCUGUAAUUGAAUUAUCGUUUCCUUCCGUGUUCAGAGCUGUGGUCUCGUUGAAUCCAGCUGGUUCUGUUGAUCCAGAUGCAGUUGCAUUCUUCUCUUUAGAUGAGGGAGGAAGCUACUUACAUGCGAGAGGCUUCUCGGUUCAUCAUGUUUACAAACACAUCACGGAACAUGCGGCUACGGCCUUGCAAUACUUCCUUGGAUUUGGUAGCGUAACAGCUCUGUACUCUCUCCUGCUAUGGAUAUGCAGUUUUGAAUCACUUUAUAGUAAACCAUGCAGUAAGUGUGGAAAGCUAUUAGCAAUGGAUAAAAAGUCUUCUUUGAUCCUACCUCCUCUACACCGCGCUUAUCAAGAACUGCCUCUUGCGGCCAACCUCAGCGUUUGUGAAGCUUACCACGCCGGUUGCUCUUCAGAUGGUUCUUAGUAUUAGGGGAGGAUCAAUCAAAAGGCUAGAGAAAGAUAACUAACUUGGAAGAAACACUUGUAUGGAUCUCUAUUGCCUGCUUUCUCUCCUCUUUUGUUUGUGUCCCAUGUUGAGGUUAAAUUCACAUUACAUCAGUAUAAGCAACAUAGAAUCAAGUGGCAACUGAUGACACAUGUGAAUGUUGAGUGUUUUCUAGACA